AGUUUUCAAAGAGCCAAUCUAAGAAUAGACUGGAUAAUGUUAUUCUGCCUCAGAUUUUGUUAUGUUAAACAUAUAUAUUCUUUGCUUGUUUCCUAGAAGUAGUGUAAGACAACUUCAUUAUAAAUUUUGGUUGUCAAAAAAGAUACCAUAACUUUAAAGGUGUCAUAAAGAGCAUUAAAUUUGGGAUUGUUAAUAACAGUCUUUUUGCUAGUGCUUUAAGGUUUGACAAGUGCCUUUAUAAAUUACAUUUCAUUUUACAGAAGAGCAAACUGACACAGACAAAGGUUAAAUGACAGUUAGCAGGUAUCUGAAGCUUGAUGUGAACUUGCAUCUUCCUGUCUCCAGAUCCAGUGCUUUCUCUCCCCUGCACCAUCUAGUUGCCAAAAGACAAAAUUAGAUCUUGAUUCUGCCUUCUUAUUAGAUGACCUAUGUAACCACUGGCAACUCAGUUUUUUUCAAUCUGUGAUACGAAAGGGCUAUUCCUUCCAGCUCUAACUCCUAUUGAAAAGAUAUAUUCUUAAGUGGCCAACCCAAAAAAUGAUCUUCUAAAAUGAAAAAUCCUGACUUUACCUAAAUCAUAGUUCCUCAAUUAAAUAUCUAUUAAACACUUUCUGUGUUCAAGGCCUCUCCUUGAGCUUUUAUUCUUCUGAAAGAAUACAGAUAAAUACAGUAAUUUGGGGGAGAGGAAGAAAAGGUAUGAAGAUUUUACUAUCCCCUGAGGGAGGAUGAAAUGAUGAUGCUAAGAAGUGGGUAGAUGAGGGUGCAUGCUCCAAAACUAGGGGCUAGCUCCACCAAAUGGGGGAGGAUCAAAUUAAGAAAUGACUUAAAGGAAUCCAGUUUGGCUAGAACUUAGAGAGCAGUCUCUAGUUCUUCCCAUAGAAACAGUCAGUGGUAUACACGUCUUUUCCAGGUCCUUUGGGUUUAAACAUACAUUAUCAUAGAUCACUUUGUGAUUAAGAGUCUGCACAUUUACAUUUUAACUCUCACUUUUUCUUAUAAGAAUAGGAGACCUGUGAAGUAUACUUCCCUGACACAGAAUUUACUUGUAGUAUAAUAAUAGCAAUUGUUUAUGCUUUUUGCUACCAAUUAAUGGUAAUGAUCUAGAGAGACUGCUUUUAUUAUGAAACUCUACAGAGUUCAUAUAAGUCAUCUGUUGUCUGGCUUCUGUUGGUGGUGAGAAAGGACAGGAACAGCCAAACUUUCUCACCUUCACCAACAUCAUCCUUGCUUACAAUCUCAACCCAAAGGCACAGGACGAGGAACAGUUGUUUAGAUCGUGUUUCUCAUUUUCAGAACAAAAUGUCCAAGUCUGGAAAGCAGGAAUUCCUCAUGUCAUCCAUCUCCAGUAUAAAAUGAUUUGGUUCUUCAGUGCAAAAAUGCUUUUUGCUCUGUCUCUGAAGUUAAAGGAUUUAACUAAUUUCUAAGAGUGUAAAUACAUUUUUUAAAAAAACUAGAUGAGGUGGGGAGGGCCCAGAAAUUGUAGACAACAGGUCUAUAAAUUGCUCUUUUUUCUAAACUGAACAGUUUACUUAGCCAUUGUAGACAUAGCCUUUAAGACAGUUGUUUGGCUGAAAAAUCAUCAGCAAAUGGAUAUUUAACCCCAAAAAGAAGUUACAUUUACUCUACACAGCUGACAUUUUGUUGUCUCUGUAUUUUUUAGUUCAUAUAAUAAGGUCUCAGCAGGUAAUAUAGGACUACAAGAAGAUUCCUCUUAGCUUGGUGAAGCCUAGUUCUACAUCUCAUCUAAGAGACUCAUCUUUUUUGUUUGGGAGAAUUUCAUAAGGAGCGGUUGAAUGAGGCUAGAAGGAAGUUAAAUCUGGGAUUGGAAAUGAGGCAUUUCUGGCAUAUAUGCAUCCAUACAACAUUUUUGUUUGUUUUUAGUGGUUGAGGCUCUUCCACUUCCUUAAAAAAAAGAAAUCUUUCUUAUAUUACAUUGUAAUCAUCAGAACUAUAAAGAUACUUAUUGUCAGGGAAUAGCAGCUGAAAGAUAUUUCAGGGCUAAGAACUGUCCAUUUUUGCUGUCCUGAUUUCUGACUGAUGACCUUGGGCAAAACACGUAAAAAAAGAAAGCAAAGAUGCAUCCUAUGGAUGAUGCCCAAAGAGGGAAAUCCCUGAAGCUCUGCGAAGAGCUCUAGUCCCUGAAGCAGCAGUGACCUGUAGUGAGGGACAGGUGGGGACAAGUGAGGGACAAGCAGCAGUUACUGUCCCAUGGGAACGGGAUUUGAUAAGACUUGGCUAGGUGGUCUGUGGCCAAACUCGUUCUCAGGAUGUUUUGACUAAAGAUACACUUUUGUUUGGGGGAAGUCUAAACAAGUCUUUUAAAAAACAGUGCCCUGGUAGGCAGAUAGCAAGGACUCUGGGGUUUAGGCUGCUAUUGCUUUUUAUAGGGUGGUGUGGGGUAGGAGACUUAAGAGAACAUUUACUUGUAAAAUGACCAGUUCCUUUUGGAAUGACAGUGCUUAGGGAGAAGAGGAGGAGUGUGAGUGUAAAGGCCCGCCUUGUGUCUCCUACGUAGGGGAUGAUUAGGAGGUGUGAUGGGGGCUCCUGAUUGUUCCCAUUUAGAUGUGCCUGUCACUACUCAAGUCUUGGUCCUGGAAGGACUUCUGUGGCCCCAGAAGCCACAGACUUCCUUGCAUGACUUCACGCGAAGCACUUUUGGACCUCAGUUUCUCAGUCCCUUGGCUUAGCAUGAACUCUUCUCCUUAAGAGCAUGUUGUUUGCAUCUUCCUUUUGUUCUAUCACUUCCUGUCUUGUACCACGACUUCUUUGUGUGAAUGUCAUAUUUCCACACACAGCCACCAUCUCAUAUUAGAUUUUAAAUUCCUUGGAGUCGGGAUCCUUUCCUCAUUGCCUGCUCAAUGUAGAUAUACCACUUAGGGAUCCUUAUGGAAGCAGCAAAGAUGACAAAUGACAAAAGAAGAAAUACACUCUAAAAUGUAAGCAGUGAAGGAAAUCAAACUGAAAUAUGUACCUUGAAUAUAAUGGAACCUUUGUAAGCCUGUUGCUUCAGGAUAGUUCUAUAACCUAUGUUAUUCAUGUUAUAGUCCCCUUAUGAUUUGGUUUUAGAGCUGGAAGUGAACUAAGAAGCCACCUCUAGUGAUUGAACUACUCUUAAGACUCCAUCUUAUAGAGAAUCUCAACAGUGUGACAAGAAAAAAAGAUGCAUAUGAGAGAGUUUGCAGAGAUUCUGGAUUUGUAAGUAAUUAGACAUGGGAGAAAAGACUGAAGGGGAUUGUAAUGUCCCAGUCUUAAAAACUUACUGGAAAUAGAAUGAUUUCAACAGCAGAAAUAGGGAAGAAUUUAAGUGUAAAAAGAGGCUUAGAAAGGGAAAUGAUGAAUUCAUUUUGCAUUUAAGAUAUUCUUGGGAUGUUUAGGUGGAAUUUUCAGCAGACAGUUGGAGAUGCAUGAUUGGAGUAUGGGGAAGAGUUUGAGACAUAGAUAUAAAAACCAUCUGUUAGAAUUAAUCAUUGAAACCAUGGGAUUGAAUGACAUGCUAAGAAAAAAGUGUAAAAAAAAAAAAAAGCUGGAUAGAAACUUUGGGAACACUCAGAGUUCAGGAAAAUAAGUUUUGAAGAAAGUUUAUAGUACUGUACCCCUCAUUUUAGGCACAAAUCUGCCAGAAACAAUCUUUAUUAAUUUAACAUUAUUUCAUUAUCUGAGCUUUUCUAGCCUAAAGAUAGAAUGAUGUCCAGACACAGUUUCUCCAUGCUCUCAUACAUGAUUAAACACCCAACAUGAUUUGAAAUAACAUAUGAUCUUGAACAAUGAAAAGGUCAUAUGUUAAUUACAUUUUUGUGUUAACAUUCCAAAAUGCUCAUCAUAAUCAAAACCUUUGUUGAUCUUUCAACAAAGAACAGCUUUUUUUUAAAUGUUCUCCUGGUAUCAACAAAUGGACCUCCCCACUGAUAUUUAUAUCAUCCUUUCUUGAUGGCAAGGUUCUUCAUACCUUCUGGGAUAGGGAAAAGGAAACUACCUAUAGAUAGGUCAAAAAUCCAAUCACAUCAGACAGUGAGGAAAGCAAUUAGCCAAACAAAUUGAGGAUUAACUUUGAUGUCACUCAGUCCAUUUCCCUAAAAAAAGACCUUUUGUCCCACUUUGUCCCACAUUUUCUUAAUGUUUUCAGUUGGACUAAAAUAGUACUUUACUGUUUCCACAUGAGGCAGAAAAGGAAAUGGAGAAGUUGUACAGGUAGGAAAAAACAAUGUUGUGAAAGUCAGGAGAGAGAAAGGAUUCUGAAGCACCAGAUCUUGCCUAUUAUAUAGGUAUGUAUGUGUGAUCUAUAUGUAUACAUGUACGAAAGGAAAUAAGAACUGAGAAUUGCCAAUAGAUUUGGGAGUUAGGAGGAUUGGAAUAGUUAAAAGUCAAGGACUCUUUUUUUUUUUUUUCCUUUAAUAAUUUAUUUUUGCUACAGAAUUCUCAAAACCGGUAUGCUGUUGGUUAGGAAAUAUUUUUGGAAAAUGUACGGAGUUCUGUUGACUUUGUGGGAUGGCAACAACAAAAACACUUAAAAUUUGUAAAGCACUUUUCUCCCCACAAACCUGUUAAGUAGGCUUUAUUAUCCUUAUUGUGCACAUGAAGAAACUGAGAUGCAAAAACAUUAAGAGACUUAGCCAAAGGUCAUAUAGCUAAAGUGUCUGAGUCAGGCUUCUGAGCCAGGUCUCCUGCCCUCUUACAACUGGGCCAAGCUCCCCUGUGCCCCAGGAGACACACCUGAGACUUCAGGUGCUUAGGCUAACUAAGAGGCAGGACUUCUGGAGAGGUCCCUUUGAACUGAGGGAAGGAGGAAGGGCCUAAACCGGUUUGUAAAGGCAGAGAUGAAGAGGUAGUGCCUUCUCAGAACCGAAGUUGAUCCUAACCAAUGAAGAGAGAGGCAGGAGGAUGGGAGGUAGGGUGUCUGCAGUGCUUUGGUUUGCUAACAUGUGGUAGACAAGGAGAAAAUCUUUUCUCCUCUUUAAUCCUAUAACUAUUUUAUAUAUAUAUAUAUAUAUAUUUUUUUUUUCCUCACAAUUACUAUAUUUAGAAUUGUUUAUAAUUUGAGGUUUUCAGGGAAUGCAGUUUCUGCCAUCAGGAAGGAGGAGGGCAGUUGUUUAAAAUGCUAUCUUUUCCUCAAGCUAUAGAUAGUCAGGGCAAAGCUUCUUACUUGUGAGACCUCAUGCUUUCCAUAAAGACUUUUCCCUCCCCCUCCCUCUCCUAGGGAUUUAGUACAAAUCCUCCAAGAGGUUAUUUAAUAUUAACCUCGACUAACAAUCCCCCCGCCCCCCACUCCCAUCAACUAACCAUCAGUCGCACCUGCCAGCCCGAUCCUGGUCCUCCAACAUCUCUCCCUUUGGGAGCACACCCAGGUCCCGGAGCCAUGGACUUGGGAGGCCUAGACAAUCUCAUUGCAAACACAGCCUACCUCCAGGCCCGGGAUGGAGACACCAAGGAGAUGCAGAAGCGCCGGCGCAGCCUGGCCCUGCCCGCCCGAGAGCACUGCGCAGAGCUGCGGCAAGCCUUGCCCACUCACUUUGAGAGUAUGUGUGAGCAGCAGCCCAUCGGCCGCCGCCUCUUCCACGACUUCCUGGCCACGGUGCCUGCCUACAAAGUGGCCGUGGACUUCCUCGCCGAAGUGUCCAGCUGGGAACUGGCUGAGGAGGGUAGUACCAAGGACAGCACGCUGAGGGGGUUGGUGCAAUUGUGUGCCCAGGCCACCCCCACAGGUCAGCUCCCCUUCCUCAGCCGGGCCUUGGCCACCAAGUGCCAGACAGCCUCAGAGACGGAACACGCUUCUCUAGUGGAGCUGGCCAAAGCUGAGACAAUGACUUUCCUACAGGAUCAGCCUUUCCAGGACUUCCAAGCUAGCCCCUUCUUUGACAGGUUUUUGCAGUGGAAAGCCUUUGAACAGCAGCCAAUAACAGAAAAAUAUUUCGAGGAGUUCCGAGUGCUGGGGAAGGGAGGUUUCGGGGAGGUGUGUGCUGUCCAAGUGAAAAAUACUGGCAAGAUGUAUGCUUGUAAGAAGUUGGACAAGAAGCGGCUGAAGAAGAAAAGAGGGGAGCAGAUGGCUCUUCUAGAGAAGGAAAUCUUGGAGAAAGUCAACAGCCCUUUCAUCGUGACACUGGCCUAUGCUUUUGAGAGUAAGUCCCACCUGUGCCUGGUCAUGAGCCUGAUGAAUGGAGGAGACCUCAAGUACCACAUCUACCAUGUGGGUGAGCGGGGCCUGGAGAUAAACCGCAUCAUCUUCUACUCUGCACAGAUCACUUGUGGAAUACUGCACCUGCACUCUAUCGGCAUUGUCUAUCGGGACAUGAAGCCCGAGAAUGUCCUUCUGGAUGACCGCGGCAACUGCAGACUGUCGGACCUGGGACUGGCUGUCCAGAUCAAAGACGGCAAGUCCAUCACCCAGAGGGCUGGAACCAAUGGUUACAUGGCUCCAGAAAUCUUGAAGGAAGAAGAAAGUUAUUCCUAUCCUGUGGACUGGUUCGCUAUGGGCUGUACUAUUUACGAAAUGGUAGCAGGGCGAACGCCAUUCAAAGAUUACAUGGAAAAAGUCAGCAAGGAAGAUCUAAAGCAGAGAACUUUGAAGGAGGAGGUCAUCUUCCAACACUCUGGCUUCACGGAAGAAGCCAAAGAUGUCUGCCGGCUCUUCCUGGCGAAACGCGCAGAGCAGCGCCUAGGAAGCAGAGAAGUAGGGGAUGAUCCCAGGAAACACUCUUUCUUCAAAACUAUCAACUUCCCCCGCCUGGAGGCCGGCCUGGUGGAGCCUCCCUUUGUGCCAGACCCCAAUGUGGUCUACGCCAAAGACGUCGGCGAUAUUGAAGACUUCUCUGAGGUCAGGGGGAUUGAAUUUGACGAAAAAGAUAGAAAGUUCUUUAAAAAAUUUGCAACAGGCGCUAUUCCAAUAGCCUGGCAAGAAGAAAUUAUAGAAACGGGACUGUAUGAAGAACUCAACGACCCCAGUAGAUUGGGCUGUGUGAAUGACAGCACGUCCAAGUCUGGGGUGUGUGUGGUGCUCUGACCCGGGACCGGACUCUGGAGAAUACUUGGGCAGGGCCAGUUCCACCAGUAGCUUUUCACCAACUGUGCAGCCAGCCUGGCCACAUGCUUCCGUUUGUAAAUCACUUUGAGGUCCGCAGCCCUGUGAGUGCGUAGAGUAGCCACAGUAGCCACAUCUCACCCUUGUCAGGGAGUUUCCAUGAUUUGUCCAUAGUGGUACGGCCCAUAGUGUCUGAGGCAGAAUUCAAACCUAGCUCUUCCAGGUCCGGCCCUCCUGACAACCUGGGACUGCCCAUGUCAGCCUGGGCUGCAGAGGCUUAGCCCGGCACACGGCAGGCCCUGGAGAAACGCUUCUUCCCUUCCCCCACUGAAUGGAUCAUCUUCUUUUGGUUGGGGGUUUACAAAGGCAGAUGAUGUGUCAAUUUUUAGAGAGGACUAUAAAAGGGAUACUUGGGUUUAUUUUGAUAAGUAUGAGCAUUUCACCAUCAUGUCCCUAUGAAUUACGCAAAGUCUCCUAGACAGAGAAUGAGACUCUGUGGUAUGUUCUGAAAAUGAUCAUUUGCAAUUCUUGGUAAACAAUCAUUUUUUUUUGUUUUCCCUCUUCAUCUUUCAUUUUUUUUUCUUAUACUGUGAAGUUUAAGUGAAAGACUUUACAGGAGGAAAAAUUCCUGGCUUUGUCUUUUAAAAAAAGAAAUCGCAACUUUUUCAUAAUAUUACAGAUUAAAGAAUAGUUUUAAGUUGCAUCAGUAGAUCUCUAUAAUAAUCCUUUAAAUAAUUCACAAUUUUAACUUAAAAUUCCCUUGAUGGCAAAAAUGUUUUCAUCUAAUAGAUAUAUGAACUGAUCAAGUACUGAGAUAGAUUCAGUCUUUUCCAACAAAAGCAAAUUCAGGGGGCAGCUGGGUGGCGCAGUGGGUAGAGCUCCAGCCCUGAAGUCAGG